GACAUGUUUCUAUAAGUACCAUAGCAAUUAGCGGAGAUGUAACCUGUUCUGCUCACAAGCUUCCCAAAAAUGGCAAAGCAAACCGAUAGCUUUGUUUCCAAAUUAUCCAUUGAAGGUAUUAUGACUGUAACUCCCAUAAGGAUAACGGAUCCACGACAGACCCGACAAGUGUUGGCAGGGGAGGUUGUUGAUCCAGGGGUUUUCCAGCGGUGUCUGAACGUAGUCCAAUACUACAGAAAGGAAAAUGAGGAAGAUUCUGGCUGGCUAGUUGCUGGGUGGAUUAAGGAGACACUUGGGAGAGCUUUGUUGGAGCAACCAAUGAUUUGCGGACGUCUCCGAAAAGGGGAGCAGAAUGAUGGAGACUUGGAGAUCGUUUCCAAUGAUUGCGGCAUUAGACUCAUUGAGGCAAGAAUUCAGAUGAAUCUGUCACAGUUUCUUGAUUUGAAGCGACGGGAAGAGGCAGAAGCUCAGCUUGUAUUCUGGAAGGAUAUUGAUGAGGAAAGCCCGCAGUUCUCCCCAUUGUUUUAUGUUCAGGUGACCAAUUUCCAGUGUGGUGGAUACUCAAUUGGAAUCAGCUGCAGCAUUCUUCUAGCAGACCUUAUGUUAGGGACAGAGUUCCUCAAGACAUGGGCAGAUAUUCACAACAACAUUGUCAACAAGAAUAAUGAACGAAAGCUACCCCUAUUCUACCUCCCUGGUCUCAAGAACACCACCACCUCCUCCCCCAACAUAAUCAGCUCAAGUUCAAGCAAAAACUCUGGCAAAACUAUGAGCUUCAAGAUUAAUGCUGAAAGUGGGAGUCUUGAGAGUGACUGGUGCAGAAAAGCCGCCUUAGCCUGCCUUGAGGAGGCAGAGCACAAUCUCGGAAGUGAAAUGGGUGCAGAGUUUUCUUUGUUUGUGAAUGAAUCGUUUGAAGCCAUCAAGGUGGAAAGCUGCUCAAAACAUGGGACACCGAAGCCACAGCUGAACCUCAACAAGGACUUCACUUACGCAAAAUGGGAUGAUUUUGGGGCAAAUGAAGUUACUUUCCGACAAGGGAACAAACCCGCUCAUGUUUCCUACUGGUUUACAUCCAUUUUGGGUGGGGUCGUCGUCGUAAUUCCUUCGCUUCAGGAGGAUGCAAACAGAGUGAAUAUCUUUGUCACAAUUCCUAAUGAGAAGUUGUGAAAAGGGAUUAUCCCUGGGCUUGAAUUGCAAAUGACUUUUAUUUAAAUAAUUUUCAAAAUAAGCAAAUAAUAUUUACUUUAUAUUAGCAUGCAUCAAA